AUGACUCAUCCAAUAUCAACAUCGAAAAUAUCAUUUUCGCCGAUUGCUGUUAAAUUUGUUGGUAAACAACAAACUUUGAUCAAGGAAGUAACGGACGAUCUAACAUCGAAGUGGAAAAAUCAACAUGUAUUAGAUCCGAAUAAAUGGUCAAGAGCAUUGAAAGAAGUAAAUAUUGAUGUAAAAGUUCCACGACAACUUCCACCUGAAUAUUCACUUGUCAUUCAACAAUUUCAUCGUAAUUGGAAUGAAGAUGAAUGGUUAACUGAACUUGAACAACUUUACGUUUCUUUAUAUAAAAUCACAGGAAUGCAGGUAAAAGUUGGAUCACCAUUAAAUGCAGUUCGUACCGAUUUCGAAUCUAUUGAAGAAGUUAAAACUCUCAUCAGAUCUGGAAAAAUAAAUGUUGGGAGUAUGAUAUAUCCAGUACAAUCUUAUCAUUUACCAAUACGUAUUAAUAAAUGUUUUCGACAUGAUCGUACAACAAAAAACUGCACCCGAUCUUGA